AAACAAAACAAAGUAAAUGUGCUCAUUUGAAAGAAAAUGGUGAAUAGAUUAGAUCUAAUUCCUUACAUUGUAGCUAAAUUAUUAAAAUUAUUUAAUAAAUUAUUUGGUAGGUGCUAAGAUAUAGCAGUAUGUUAGACACAAAUUAAGAAAGAAAUUAGGAUUAAGGUGAAAUAUUACACGUGGUCAAAUAUUAUUAAAAAAGGAGAAAAAAUAAGCUAAACUUUAAGCCAUAUAUAAAUCUAAAACGCUGAGCACAAAUAUCACAAAUAGUUUUUAAAAAUCCACCUGGAGAAAAUACAGUGAUCAAAAAAUUGCAAUCAAUUGUAUAAUAAAGUGUAUAAACUGUACGAAUAACACAUAGCCUAGACGUGAGUAAAAAUGAAAUAAGGCAACAGUCUGUGAAAAUAAAUGUUUAACCAUCAAUUCAAACAAGCUUUGGCCAAGUCUCUUCUUCCAAACAUCUGUGGAAGAAAGAGAAGAAAGAAGCUCUGCAGGUUUCUCUCUGAUCCGUUGUCAGCUGACACUGAUUGAACCUCUGUCAUCAUCAUGUGACUCCACCUCCUCCAAUCUCUGAUCCUUUCUCUUCACACCUUCAUUGAAUCUAGCACUUGUUCUUCUAGCUUGACCUGCCUGGUGGCUGUGACUCCGCCCACAUUUACUUCUUCCUUUUCUCACCUGGGAUUUUAGCUGUAGCCUCAGAGCUUCUCUCUCUGCGGUUCUAACAAACGUCUCUCAAGUUUUUUUUACCCCGAGACCAUGAGUGGAAAACUCUGGACAGAGGAGCAGUUCAACUGCCCCGUGUGCCUUGACCUCCCCAACGACCCUGUCACCAUCCCCUGCGGUCACAGCUACUGCAUGGGCUGCAUCAAGGACUACUGGAGCAAAGACGACCCCAAAGGCAUCUACAGCUGCCCCCAGUGCCGCCAGACCUUCUGCCCUAAACCCAACUUGUCUAGAAACACCAUGCUGGCAGAAGCUGUGGAGCAGCUCCGGAAAUCCGAACAGACUCGUCGAGGAUCUACCAUGUCUACCAUGUCUUCCAAGUCCAGAGGGAAGCUGAACUCCUCACAGGUUCCCUGUGACCUGUGUAAAGGAGAGCAGCGAGUGGCGGUGAAGAGCUGCCUGGUCUGCAUGAGCUCCUACUGUGAAACCCACCUUAAACCACACCAGACCAAGAAGUCGCUGAAGCAACAUGAGCUGAUUGCACCUACUUGGAACUUGGCUGAGAAAAUCUGCACCCAACACAAGUAUCUGCAGGAGUUCUUCUGUCGCCAAUGCAAGAUGUUCAUCUGCUGGCUCUGCACCAGUAACCUGCACAAAGGCCACGAGUGUGUGUCCACUAAGGCAGAGCGGAUGGAGAAGCAGAAAGUAGUGUCUGAGCUGCAGAUGAAGAAUCAGCAGAGACUAAAAGACCGAGAGCAGGAGCUGAAGGAAAUGAAGAAGAUGAUGGAUUGGAUGAUGCGUUCCACAGACCAGGUCCAUGACGACCUGGAGGGGGCACUAACAGAGCUGCAGCACUCUGUCAAGCGUCUACAGGAGCUUUUAGAGCAGGUUCUGGAAAAGGUUGGCGAGGAGAAAAUGGCUCAGGCUCAAGAGGUGACUGAGAGUCUGGAGGCCGAGAUCAGGGAGCUGAAGAAGAGGGAGGUGGAGAUGAAGGAUCUGGUCCGCUGUGAAGACCACAUCUACUACCUGCAGGCGUACGAGUCCAUGUGUUCUCCUUUGGAGUCUGGAGAGCUCCCCCCUGUGGUUGUGAAUCAAGAAGCUUCAUUUGAACCUGUGCGAGAGUCUGUCCUGGACCUGAGGGAGAGAGUGGAGGAUCUAUGUAACCUGGAGCUGGACAAGAUCACCAAACAAGUCCACAACACAACUCUCUUCACUCUGAUGAACACCAAUCGUGGAUCAGGAACCAAAACAGGAAUCAGUAAAUUGUUUUCAGGUCUGGGGUCUCGCAGCUCGAGCCCUCGAACAGUCUCUGCAGGUGUCAAAAGUCUGGACGUGAGAAGCAGAGAGACACCUAGAGAUCGAGGAAACAAUGAUUCUCCCAGACGUGGAGUAACGCACAGAGACUCUGCUGCCCCCUCUGGGAGAGACGUGAACUUCAGAUCCAGUCCUACUCCUAGCCGCGAGGAGUCCCAGUCUCUGUGGAAUAGGUCCAGCCAGAACCAGAUCCAGGUUCAAAACCAGAAUCAGAGUCAGGAGCCUAGUCCCACUCCCAGUCGUAGAGAGUCUCGUUCACUGUGGAGCAGGGCCAGUCAGAACCAGAUUCCAAACCCCAACGAGAAUCAGAACCAACCUAGUCCUACUCCAAGCAGAAGAGAGUCUCGGUCUUUGUGGAGCAGAUCCAGUCAGAACCAGAUCAACUCUUCUCCAUCACAGACUCCACAGCCAGCUCCAGCAUCAGGUGGAGGUUUCAGUCGGAUGGCGUCCAUCAGCAGCAUUUUCCGAUCAGCUCGAAGAGGAGCCACUGCGGCCACUCCCAUUGGCACAUCCUUGAAUGAAGCGCCAGUAGGAGGAAACCCAUGGUUGGAAACUCUACCUGAGGCACAAACUGAAGUAAACCCUGGGCUUUUCUUGGACUCACCAAGCCCUGACAUCAAUAAUCAAACUCCUGCAUUUCCUGCCUUGAGAGAAAUCAACAUCAAUAGCAUCCAGGCCCCCGAGCCGAGAACCAGAGAGGAGUUCCUGCAGUACUCUGUGAUCUUGACCCUGGACCCAAACACUGCCCACAGACGACUGAUUCUUUCUGAGGGCAACACCAAGGCAACCUUGCAGGGGGCAGUGCAGCUAUAUCCAGAUACCCCACAGCGAUUUGAUGGCUGGAUGCAGGUAAUGUGCCAGAAUCCACUCAGUGCCCAGCGCUGCUACUGGGAGGUGGAGUGGAGGGGGCGGGGCUCCUCAAUGGGUCUGGCUUAUGGUGCGCUGUGCAGGAAAGGGUCAGAUGCCAGAUCAGGACUUGGAUACAACUGCCAGUCCUGGACCCUGGAGCUGUCCGACACUUGCUGCUCCGCCAUGCACGAUAACCAGAAGAAGGACAUCCCAGUCACAUAUUCCCCCCGGCUGGGUGUCUACCUGGACCUGAAUGCAGGAACACUGGCGUUCUACAGCGUAGCUGAGAACAUGACGCACCUUCACACCUUCCGUGCUAACUUCACACAGCCAGUGUAUGCUGCUUUCGGUGUUGGCAGUGGAGUGGGAGUGGGCCUCGAUUUCGCUCUGGGACAAUUCACGUCCAGCUCAGACAGCAUCAAGAUCUGUCCGAUGUAGGAUCUACAUCAUCUAAUCUGAGUUUUGGAAGAGGACCCCUUAAUCAGAAACGAUGAAAACAAUCUUCUGAUUUUAUCACACAGAGAAAAAUAUGACAAUGAAAUAUACUAAUUUAGUCCAAGGAUGGCGAGACAGUUUACGUUAUGAUGCUAGCCAUUACAUUUUUAAUAGCUAAAGCUUAACAGUUAUCACAGUCAGGGCCAAAGCACAGCCAACAGGGCACAACAAAAAUUACAAUCAACCUAAGCAAUUUGGGCUAUGACAUUUAAAAUAGUAGUCUCUAGUCUUUUAUAGCCACCAACAUUAAGCCAAGUGACCCCUAGUGGUUAUUGAGGGUAACACAAACAAUUGAAAAUAGAUAAAAUAUGAAUUCAAAGUUUGAUGUCCAUGUCAGCCAAAUGAUGUAAGAAUGAACCACAACACUGGGCCAGACAAACUUUACUGUUUGAGCUGAAACCUAAUAAGAUUUUGAAAAGCAUCAUUUAGAAGUUCCACAUUGUGACUGCUUUAAAAUUCAGGCAUUGGAGGAUAGCUGCUUCAUCUUGUCAUUAUAAGGUUGGUAAAAAAAACCCAACAUCUGUUAAGUAACAAGAAAUUAUCACCAGUAUGACCCACUCUUUUUG